AUGACCGAAAAGCUCCAAGUUGCCGUCGCCGGUAUUGGCCGCAUGGGCAUGCGCCAUGCCCGUCAUUUCGCAACUCUGACUCCCCGCGCCGAGCUCAUCGCCGUCUGCUCGCCAGUGCAAGCCGAACUAGAUGCCGCAAAGAACGAGUUCAAGGGCGUGCGCACCUACCUUGACUACGAGCAGAUGCUGUCUCAGGAGAAGUCUCUACAGGCUGUUGUCGUUGCUAGUGCCACUACCGUGCACGCUGAGCAGGCAAUCAAAGCCAUUGAGCGGGGAUUACACGUUCUCUGCGAGAAGCCCAUUAGUACCAGUCCAGAGAUUUCUCAAUCAGUGGUCGACACCUACAAAAGAUCCAUCCAAAAGUUCCCCAACCAAAAAGUAAUCUGUGGAUUCUCCCGUCGCUUCGAUGCCUCAUACCGUGAUGCACACCGACGCAUGGCAUCCGGCGACAUCGGGACCCCAUCCGUCUUCCGCUCGCAGACAUGCGACAAGCUCGAUCCGAGCGGAUUCUUCGUUGCCUACGCCGAGUUCUCGGGUGGUAUCUUUGUGGACUGCUCGAUUCACGAUAUCGAUCUUGCGCUAUGGUUCUUCGGCGAGGAUACCAAGGUGAAGAGUGUUACUGCUAUCGGUAUUACAGCCGUGCAGCCCGAUCUGCGGAAGCACAACGAUCGUGAUAAUGCUUUGGGGAUUAUUGAGUUCUAUGGAGGCAAAAUCGCCCAACUCUACUGCUCACGCAUGAUGGCCGCUGGUCAAGAAGAUUGUACUGAAGUCUUUGGUACAAAUGGUAAGAUCGCCGUAAAUACACAGCCUCAGCUGAACCUCGUGAACCUGUACGAGUCGACUGGUAUCCGUCGGGAGAUUCCGGCUGAUUACUAUGGACGAUUCCGGGAGGCGUUCAUUACUGAGGCGAAUGAGUUUACGGCUUCUUGUUUGGAUAACACUGCUCCGCCGUUGCGGUUGGAUUCGGCUGUUAAAGCUGUUACUAUUGGGUGUGCGUUGCAGGAGUCGUUGAUCACCGGGAAGAAGAUUGAGUUUGGGGAGAAUGGGGAGCGGGCGAAGCUGUAG